GGGCCAAAGAUCUACCCACUUUGAGCAUAAUCCUCACACUUUGAAUUUAUAACUUUCUUCUCUUUUCCCAAUUCAAAUUCAAAUUCUGUGUAUCAUCUUCCUAUAUAUUAUAUUGGUGGUCCAUGCAAAAAUAUGAAAUUCUUGACAAACAGAGAGAGAGAGUGUGAGAGAGAGAUGGACGAUACGGAGAAAAGGCUUUAUGAAGCUGCAGUUGAUGGCAACACAGUCGCCCUACAACAACUGCUAGCAAACGACGAACUAAUUCUGGAGAGGAUAACAGUAACUCGUUUCGACGAGACCCCACUGCACAUAGCAGCCAUGCGAGGCCACGUCGAGUUCGCAGCCGCAAUUCUGGAACGCAACAUCGAGCUGGCUUCAGAGUUGGAUUCCCGAAAGUUAUCUCCCCUUCACAUCGCAUCAGUGAAAGGGAAUGUGCGGAUGGUGAAGCUGCUGGUUUGGGCUUGCCCUGAGAUGUGCGUAGCGCGCGAUCGAUAUGGGAGGAACCCUCUCCACCUUGCGGCCAUGAAAGGCCGAGUUGGAGUUUUGAAAGAGCUUUUGAGGACUAGACCGGAGGCCGCUCGACAAAGGACCGAUUUUGAUGAGACUGUUUUGCACUUGUGUGUGAAACACAAUCAGUUGGAAGCUCUCGAGAUGAUGCUGGAGAGCAUAGAAAGUAAGGGUGAUGGUGAUGAGUUCGUGAACGCAGUAGAUUCUGAUGGAAAUACCAUUUUUCACUACGCUGCUUCUCACAAACAAACUCAGACUAUGAAAAACUUUGUAAGAAACAAACAAGCUGCAGAUGUGAAUGGAAACGGAAAAACAGAGAUUGACGACACUACAUUAGCACAAGAGGAGAGAGAAUUAUCCGAAGAAUGGCUGCAGUCGCCGGAAAUUACCGAACAACCUCCCGCAACGGGCGGAGCCCGACGUGACACUCCUCCUAACAAUCGCCAGGCAACCCAUCAAGCAGAAAGGCCGAGAAGAAAGAACGGAGGGGCAAUUAUGGUGGCGGCCUCAGUCCUUGCAACAAUGGCAUUCCAGGCCGGAGUCACCCCUCCGGGAGGCGUUUGGAUAAACAACGAUUCUGCCAAAUACAACAAACUUCCCGUCGGCCGCCGGUCUCCGCCGCCGCACAAGGCGGGGGAAGCCGUGAUGUCGUCCGAUAACCGGCGGGGAGGGUAUCAAAAUUUCCUGGACGCCAACACGCUAGCAUUCAUCGCAUCCCUCACCGCCGUACUGAUAGAGCUGAGCGGGCUGAACCUGAGAUGGAUCGACGGGUUUCUCAGGCUGAUCAUGUGGUUCACCGUCACCUCUCUUGUGGUGACUUACGGCGUCUCCGCCGUGCUCGUCACUUCACACAAUUCCGUGUCGGACCUCAGCCGAACGGUGAAGAUUUGUAUAACGAUUUGGUGCAUCGUAAUGGGUUUGGUUGUGCAGUGGAACAACCUUCGCCGUCUUUACAUGUCAAAGCCAUGGCUGGGAAUUGCAAGGCUUGGGAACAAUAUAGUGAUGCGAGGGAAGAAUAUAGUGAUGAGCAGUAAUUACUGGAGUCGAGUCGUCCCAUAAGCCUAAGACCUGCGACACCCCUUCCUGGAAAGGUUUGAUUGGAUGCAGAGGCGGGGCGGGGACCCCGGCCCGGCCACUAACCCGGCUUCCCAAAAUAAAUAUUCCCUUUUCCAUUUUACCUGUAAUGUGUGUGUUCAUAUGUUUUUUUCUUUUUCUUCCUCGCCUCCAAUUUAUAGCUAGAUGGAAUUUCUCUUUUCAGUGCCUAAAGGAGUAAUGUAUAUUAGUUCAGGUUUCUUUAGUUUUAUUUGUGUGGUUAGACUUUGUCUGGCUUUGUUAGAACUACUCCCCGUAUUAUUAGCUUAGAAAAUGUAGUAUUAAGCUCUUCUUUCGCAUAAUAAAGCAUUCACUUAUUAUCUCUA